ACAAGGGCGGUAUAUUGAAAUCUUUACCCUGCGUCAUUAACUUAAAUAGAUUAUUAAUCGAAAGAUAACAGAGACAUUCUGUAAGAAUUAGUUGAAAUUUAUCAACGAUGUCCUCGUCAAAUCUUCCUACAUCUCUCCUUUCAUCUUUUAAACUUCAUUCAUAUGUUAUCUGACGACAUUGAGAUAAAACUAUAUCGCUGAAGAUGUUCAACAUAUUUAUCAACUUUUGAAGACCAAAAAUAACUUCAUCAAACUGAUGUCAGUCUUUCUCUACAACACUUGGAUGAAUGAAUGGGAGAUAUUUCCUCAGAAUUGAGAUUAUUUACAAUAAUUCUCAUAUUAACUGCAAGUGUAGAUUCAGAGAUUAUUUAUUAUGAUGUUUUACCUGUCUUGAAGUUAUUUUCUUAAAAAGAUCUGCUAGACUCAUCAUUAAUUACAAAAUUCUAUCCUAAGCUUUUCUUAAAAGCCAAAAUAUUUUCAGAUUUUAACAAAGACCAUCAUAUAUAUGGAUUUAAAGGAGACACUUAUGGAUGAUAAGGCAGAGCUAGAAAAUAAUAUUUCAUCUAUCUAGACACAAGAAAAAAACAGAAGAGGAAUCACACCAUUGCGAUAUAUGUGGGAAGUUAUUCACAACAAGGAAGAAUUUAAUUUAACAUAAAUUUAUUCACUCAGAUUCUAAACUCUACAACUGUGAAAACUGUGGCAAACAAUUCACUAUGAGCCGUUCCUUAUUUCAGCACAAGCUUAUUCAUACAGGAAAGAAAGUAUAUCACUGUGGUAUCUGUGGUAAAACAUUCUCUGAAAGUAGUUCAACUGCUCACAAACGUGUUCACACUGGAGAAAGACCAUACCGCUGUGAUAUCUGUGGUAAAAAAUUCUCUCAAAAUAGCAAUUUAUCUCUCCACAAAUAUAUCCACACGGGAGAGAAACCAUAUCACUGUAAUAUUUGUGGUAAAACAUUCUCUCUGAGUGGUAAUUUAUCAUCCCACAUACGUAUCCAUACAGGUGAGAAACCAUACCACUGUGAGACUUGUGGCAAAGCAUUUUCCCAAAAUGGUAGUUUGUCUUGCCACAAACGUACCCACACAGGGGAGAAACCAUAUCGCUGUAAUAUCUGUGCUAAAACAUUUUCCCACAACCAUAAUUUAAUUAAUCACAAACGUCUUCACACUGGUGACAAACCUUACCAUUGCGAUAUCUGUGGUAAAACAUUCUCUCAGAAAACCAUUUCCAUUACCCACAAACAUAUCCACACAAGAAAGAAACCAUAUAACUGCGAUAUAUGCAAUAAAACCUUCUCUCAGAAACGUUAUUUAUUUUCCCACAGACGUAUCCACACAGAUGGGAGAUCACACCAAUGUGAUGGAAAAAUAAAGAUAUGACAACUGGUCAUUGAGAUG